AGGUUCUGGGUCAGGAGGACCUCACCGCAUUGAAGUCCCGCCUUCAGACGAUCAGGAAACGGGCCGAGGACGCCCCCAGCCCUGUGUCUUCAGCUCCACACUCCUCCUCUUCAUCAUCUCCAACCACCUCCAUCAAUGCGGCUCCAUCCAGUCCCAGCACAGACCUGCAGGCCCUACGGUUCUCCAUGGCCCGGGCCAAAGAGCUGGCAGCUAAAGCCCAGAGGAGGAAGGAGGAGAGAGGAGCAGACGAGGCCAAGCCGACCGAGACCCAAACUCCUGAAGGAACCGGGCUACCCGGAUACCAGCGGUACCACACCCUCGCACAGGCCGUGCCCCCCGGCCUGACCCUGCCUUACCACUACAAGAUACUGGCCGAGAUGUUCCGGAACAUGGACACGGUGGUCGCCAUGUUGUACAACCGCUCUGAGACGGCCACCUUCACCAAAAUCAAGCAGGGCGUUCAGGACAUGAUGCACAAGAGGUUUGAGGAGAGCCACGUGGGUCAGAUAAAGACUGUGUUCCCUGAAGCGUACGAAUUCAAGCAGGAGAAGAACGUUCCCACAUUCAACAGCAACAUCUCUAAGGGGAGCUACCAGCUGACGGUGGAACCGCUCCUCCGCUCCGACCAAAACGAAGCGCGGCCCGCGCUAUCCGCCGCCCGUCUCCUGGAGAGAAGGCAGAUCUUUCAUCAGAACCUGGUCUCCAUCGUCAAACAGCAUCACAAGGUCUUCCUGUCCUCUCUGGUCCCGGCUGUCUCAGUUCCAGAGGACAAACUGACCCGCUGGCACCCUCGCUUUAACGUAGACGCCGUCGCCGCCAUCACAGCCAGCUCCCUGCCUCAGGCUCCUCGCUCAGAGAAGGUGUCGACGGCUCAGGAGGUUCUGGAGAAGGCCCGGUCCCUCAUCACCCCUAAGAUGGAGAAGGCUCUGGUUUCUGUGGCCCGAAAAGCAGAAGAAAAGAAUGGAGAAGGUACCAAACCGGGCUGCACCCAGAACCCAACGGUUCCAGCAACACCAGCCUCUGCUCCAGCCCAGGUCCCGUCUGCCCUGAAGGGGGUGUCCCAGAGCCUGCUGGACCGGAUUCGGGCGAAAGAGGUCCAGAAGCUGCAGGCGGCUAUGACCCGGAACCCGGCGCAGGAGGAGCGGCUGCUGAUGAUGUCACGGCUCGGGGAGCUGGCCCGCAUCCUUCGAAACGUCUUUGUUUCAGAGAAGAAAGCGGCGCUGACCAUGGAGGUGGCGUGUAACCGCAUGGUGGCCAGCUACAGGUCGGCUCUGAGUCCAGGAGACAUGGAGAAACACGUCCGUCUGCUGGCAGAGGUGGCUCCUGAUUGGCUGAGCGUUCAUCUGGUCAGGAAGGACUUCUACCUGAAACUGAACAAAAGCGAGGAGCUCAGCAUCGUUCUGGACAAACUCAACCGCAGACUGAAAGAGGAGGAGAAGCUCUGACACCUUCCCUCCAUGUUCAGAGCGGACGUGAGGAGAGGAUGACCGUCUGGUCCUCCAGUUCUGUGUUGGAAAAGAUUUUUUACCAGAUUUUGGUCAUUUUUUUUUUCUCAACUGAAGGAGUCGUGUUUUGCUGUUUUCCACUGACUGCGCUCUGGGGGACUUCCUCUCGCCUGAUUGGUUCAGAUGAUGCGGCACCACAGCCUGUGGAAACUUCUCAAGACUAAAAACAAUUGUUAGAUUAGUCUGUAAUGUUUUUGCAAAUGUUAAACCAAUAUUUUUAAGGUUUACUAUUUUUUUCAGAUUUUAUUUUCCAAUUUUUUU